UAUAUGCUGGUUAGACUAACCGCUUUUGAGUCUUCAGUCAAGGGCACCCAACGACAAUUUUUGGAAAAUAUCUGUUCGGAAGACGAUUUGAGAUCUAGAAUUUUCGGAACAUUUGUUGUUAAAUUUCUUGCUUGCCCACCUCUCCUAGGAUUUUCGACCCCCCAAAAUGAUAUAAUUGCCCAUUUUUAACGGAUUUUUACCCUAAAAAGGUCAGCUAGAAUUUUGGGGAGCCUUUUUUCUGGCUGAAAUUUCGAAGAGGUAAGUUUUGAUCCCUAUAAUUUUCGGAUCACUAGACUUUCAGCUAGGAAAUCCGAACAGAUGAAAAUUUUUAGGGGAUAAAAAUAUGCAUAUGUCUACCGUUUAAAUACUAAAAUACGUUCAACAUUGCUAUGUUUAAGUGGUUUUGAACCAUAUUCUCGUUGGGUGCCCCUGUUCAGUGCAAUACAUGUUUAUAUACCUAUGUGUAUUUUCAAUUUUAUUCAUCGUACACAGGUAUAAAUCUAUUUCAUCAGUUAUUCCAUGACGAAUGUAGAGCUGCUAUGUAGAAAAGUCAUCAAAAAACCGUUUAUAUUAAAGGAGCUGUGUCACGAAUUUCAGACAAAUUAGGUAAUUACAAAAUGCCCGUUAAAUUAAGAGAAACAUAAAAAUAACCGCUUAAAACAUUAAAGGAAGGUUAAAAUAACACAACAGAAACAACAGAUUUAUUGAAAUUAUUGAAAUUAGUUUUUCAAAUUGAUUAUUAAUUCAGGAGACAUAUUUGUUUGUUUCGGAUCUUUGAUUUUGUCAUUUACAUGUAAUUUCUUUGCUUACUUUAAGUUCCAUAGUGAUUGACGGCGAGUAAUUGGCAAAAUUAAUCAAAAUGAACCGCACUACCGUGACACGGCCCCUUUAAAUUAUUAUUAUUAUAAGUUACUCCCGCGCACAAACACGAAACAAAGCUAUUCAUUGUGUUCGGAUGUUCCGUUAAAAGAAAAUGAAAGAAGCAGGAAAGAAGUUUUUGAGAGCUAAAAAAUUUUCGUCUGGUAGUUUAUUAAAGUUACAGCUUUAUUUUUCUUGUAAUGAAUAACGUUUUUCGCGUUUUUCUAAGCUAAGUUUGUCUGGGUUUCUUUUCAAGGUGGGGAAGCAAAGGCUUUGAAUGGAGCUACAAUCUGGCUAAACAAUCGAGUUCUGGCCCCAAAGUACUAUUGGAAGGCUGUGUGUGACCCAGUCAACGAGCAAUCUAUUUUCUUUUACGCUGAAAACAACAUCGGUAACGUGGAUACAGAGAAAGAUGAACAAAAUGGUUGCGCUAAAAAGGCCCAAACGAAGAAAAAUGGUGUAAUAAUGUGCCUCAGUAUUUCUGCUGCCAAGGAAGAGAAAAUUUUUGGCAAAUUGCCAGAUUUUCACAACAAUUGCAAGCCUAGUGAAAUUGGUAGUACUUUUAUGAAGUGUAUUGCCAAUGCGAGAUUUUUCUGAAAAUGAUUAUAAUGGGGCACCUGUCGUGAAUGUUGACGGCCAAAAAAUUAGCUUCAAUUUUUGACGGUUGACGACUAAUUUUCGAGCACUUUGACGGUCGAUGAGUAAUCCCAGUUAUUAUUUCUUAUUAUUAUUUAGUGAUGACGUCGUUUUCCAAAGGCAACACGUGAAAGAUCAUUUUGCUCCUAAGCAUUCUAUUGAAAUUAUGCAUGUAAUAAAAGAAUAACCAAUGGAAUAAAGAAUUGCUAACUCUUUGGUUUUGGCCGGUUUUUAAAUGGCUCAAUGUGUGCAAAAUUACGACCAACCAGCGGUUACCCCUCUGGCAAUUUUCCAAACAUUGAUUAAAACGCCGUAAACGCAAUGAAUGCCGGUAGUUAUUUAAAAGUCGAGAAGGCUGUCGACCAUAGAUUAAUUCGCUUUGAUAUCAGUUUUUCUCUGUAUAUUUCCGUUUCCAACUCCAUUGAAAAGCGGAGCGUAUGCAGGCACCUUUCCACAACGUGCAUGUAGGGGGCUCAGUAUUUUUAGUCGUACCGGGCUUUGAAUCCUCGACAUUUCUUGGGCUUUUGUUAAACCACCUUCUGGUGAUGGCAAUUAAAUUUAUCUGUUUCAAGAUUUAUCUGUUUUAAUUAAAAUCGCCGAUUGGUUUUUGUGUACUAUGUUUUCAUUUAUCCAAUCCUUGGGUGGACCCAAGGUCCUUUGUGAGCUUUGGGGGAAAUAGUUUUUUAAUGGUCAAUCAAAACUUAUCUAGCCUGAGAGAAAACAGCCGACAUUUCGCGACGCCACCACUAAUGUCCCCGCAAAAUGACAUCUGCAUGCAUGAGAAACGAGCGCAGAAUUCGAAACUCCAUACUGAUGACGCCGCACUUUCCAGAACUGGGUAGUUCUUCUGAUUGGUUGUGGCAAAUUUUUAGCCAGUCAGUAACACUACACAGAUCUGGUUAGUGACUCGUCAUCAGUAUUGAAUUUCUGCGCUCGUUCGUCAACAACAACAACAACUCAGACGUCAUUUCGAGGGGACACUAGUGGUGGCGUCGCGAGAUGUCGACUGUUUUCUCAGGUUGCAUUUUCUGUCGCAAGAUCACGAUGGAAUUGUUUUUACAUUUUUCAAUCAUACCAUUAACUUUGUUUCGUUGCCGUUUCUAAGAAGACCAAUUAUUUUCCCAGUUUGUUUUUCUCACUUUUCUGAGGAGUUUAUCUAUAGUGUUUAUUUCCUGCUUAACACUCUUUAUGAGACAUGGGCAGAGUACUGUUUUCCUUUGAUAUCUUUUUAAUGAUAGGUGUGUGUGAUUAUCAAUGCAUUGUGCGACCUUAGCUUCAAUAUCCAAACGAUUGCGACCUGCUGGGAGCUUCACAUCGGCUAUUACGUGUUUUUUAUGGUAAAACUUCGCUUCCGAAUUAAAGCGUGACUUAAAUCCAACGCAAGGAAAUGCUAAUAAAAGAUAUAGUCAACUAAGACGGACACCUUUGGGACCGGCAUCAGUUAAGUGUCCGUCUCAGAGAGAUGUCCAUCUUAUAGAGGGUCAAAGGGAGUAAAGAAUGGCAGGGAUCAACUCUAGGUGUCUGUUUUACAGAGGUGUCCAUCUUAUAGAGAGUCAAAUAAAGGGAGUCAAGAAAGGCAGGGAUCAACUCUAGGUGUCCUUUUUACAGUGACCGUUAAGAGAGAGUCGACUGAAAUUGUUAUAAAAAUUCAGUUUGCCUAAACGGACAAAGGUCGAUUACCCAGAGGGCCCAAGGGCGGGCCCAAGUUCGGUGAAUAAAUUAGUGCGUUUUGAUACUGUUUUGCAUAUUACGAACAAUUUGUGGACUUUAGAAAUUCAAUAUAGUUGUCAAAACGUAGAAAUAUAGGCAUAAAUAUAGAGUUAAAAUUCACUUACGUAAACUUGGGUUUGUUGUUGCCUUUUCUGUGUAACCUAUGCUCACUUCAUGGCCAUUUUAUACGGUUUUCUUCUCGUUGUUUCUUCUCGUCGGUGUAGCUUUCCGACAUAAUGCGAAGCAAGGAAAAUUACUAUGUGCAGUGUCAACUCAAAAACUUCUCCCGCAUCAAAGAACAGCGUACCGAUACACCAUAAAGCGCCAGAUCCUGAAAGGCCAGAUAGGUCUCUCAUCUCUUUCUCUCGUCAUGGCGUGCUUUCAGGAAACUCGAUGACUAAGCGCUGCGUGUUGAACGCUUUCAUUCGCCAUUUCCACAUUUUCCACAUAAGGCACCUUAUUUGCCCCCCAAAAUUAUGCAUAAGCAUUGUUUUCAAUUUCUCUUGGGACGGCUGUAAUACCCAGGAGAAAUGAAAAACAGAGGUUAUGCAAAAUUUGGGGGCAAAUAAGGUGCAUUAUGGGAAAUGUGGAAGUGGCGUAUGGACUCUUGGGAUCCGAAUUAUCAAUAUUCCGUGAAAAAACAUGGAUCUUCCCACCCUCAGAUAGUCCACAAAUUGCGCUUGAGUGGUGUUUCGAAUUAUCCACCGAGAUAAGCGCAUGAGUUGUUGCCUCGAGCUGACUUGGUUGACAAAAUGCAGUGAUUUGCAUGAAAUUAUCCGUCCAAGCUUGAUCUAGUUUUAUUGUGACUGUUUCCCGCAGCGGAAUGCUAGCCCCUAUACAGCCACCUCCUCCCCUCAGAAAAACAAUCGAUUUUUGUUCUGCAUACUGGUUACGGAAUGAGGAAAAAGUCUAUUUUCCUUUCCAUAGAAAAAUUUUGAUGCUUAUUAUGUUAUGUCACGAAAAAAUUUAGUAACUUCCUCGAGAAUCCCCGCGCGAUGUUUCUCCCGCUUUUAAGGUCCUUGUCGAUUCUUAACUGUACAGAAUUAAUUUUGAACAGUAGCAUUGUAUAGAAAAGCAACUCUGGUUCACCAAACUUUUUCAGGAACAAAACAUCCAACAAUAAUAUGAAAAAAAUGUGAAAGGGAUGUAAAGAACUUCUCAAAAACCUGAUCUGAAAGUAAAUGAAGUUCUCCGUUUACUCUGUUAAAAUCUCGUUAAAUCAGAUUGACAUUUUGGUUUUUAUCGUUGCAAUAUAUUAAGUAGUAUUUUGAAGGCGUUGCAGUAAAUCAAUGUUAAUAAAAGUUAAACUUUUACACAUCCUGAAGUUAAAUAAGGUUUAUUUAACAAUUAGCUCAUGCUUCAGCGUGCGUAUGUUGAGAUUUAAUCACAUAACAAACGUAAACCGCGCGCUCUGAUUGGUCAAUUGCCCAUCGACUAAUUGACUACGACGACUCUCACGCUUCUUUCGUGCUUAGCAACCUCCCGCAUGCAACUAUUUGAACAUUAGUAAAAUCCAACUAGUGGCCUAUUAUCAAUGCUGCGUUCUGAUUGGUUGAGCUAUACUAGGCUAUAUGUUAUAGCCUACUAGUAGCGAAAAGAGCGCACUUUUUAGCUGCCAAAAAGGAUGAUUUUAGUCUAGCUUUAACUAGCCAAAAUUUUUUUAUUCUCGAUAGUUUGACCAACUAGUUGGAUUUUACUAAAAAAAUUAUUCCUCUCGCCCUCAUGGCCUCUUAGUCAAUAGCCCAUGAGGCCGAAGGCCGAAUGGGCUAUUGACUCAGAGCCCAUUCGGGCUCGAG